GGCCAGACGGGCCUCACCAGCGCCAACAUGAGUGUCACCUCCUGGUUCCUGGUGAGCAGCAGCGGUACCCGCCACCGGCUCCCGCGUGAGCUCAUCUUUGUGGGGCGCGAUGAGUGUGAGCUCAUGCUGCAGUCCCGCAGCGUGGACAAGCAGCAUGCUGUCAUCAACUAUGACCAGGACCGUGACGAGCACUGGGUGAAGGAUCUGGGCAGUCUCAAUGGGACUUUUGUAAACGAUGUGCGAAUCCCAGACCAGAAGUACAUCACACUAAAGCUCAACGAUGUCAUCCGCUUUGGCUAUGAUUCCAACAUGUAUGUGCUGGAGCGGGUGCAGCACCGUGUGCCUGAGGAGGCACUCAAGCAUGAGAAGUACACUAGCCAGCUGCAGGUGGGGGUGAAGAGCCCAGCACCCAGGAGGAGCGAGGCACCACCCGAACUCACAGCCUACUGUGAGUCUACGCACCCCAGGCCAGAGAAGGGGGACCGGAGACCUGGAACAGAUUCAGUGGUAUACCGCACACCCCUGUAUGGGCAGCCAUCCUGGUGGGGAGAGGAUGACAGUGGCACACCGCCUGAGGACCGGCGCCAGGAGGAGCCCUACCCAGAGCGUGCCAAGGAGUCAGUGCAGCAGGAUGGCGAGCUGGACGGCCCGCCAGCUGGCUUUUGCCCCCCUGUUGAACCUCAUGGCUACUCCUUCCGGCGGGAGCCCAGCUAUUUUGAAAUCCCCACAAAGGAGGCCCCGCCACCACCAUCAUGGCCACCAGAGGUGCCGGAGCAUGAGGCGCCCACCAAGGACAAGGAGGAGGUGAGUGGUGGUGGGACAGUGCCUGUGGUGCAGAGCCAUGCCUCCUUCACCAUCGAGUUUGACGACUGCAGCCCUGGCAAGGUGAAGAUCAAGGACCACAUCACCAAGUUUGCCCUGCGCCAGCGGCGGCCCCCUGGCAAGGACGCCACACCUGUGGAGAUGGUCUCCGCCGAGACCAAGGUGGCCGACUGGCUGGUGCAGAACGACCCGAGCUUGCUGCGCCGGGCUGGCCCAGGUGACGACCGCCACAGCACCAAGAGCGACUUGCCUGUCCACACCCGCACCCUGAGAGGUCACAAGCAUGAAGAUGGCACACAGAGUGACUCAGAGGACCCCCUGGCCAAGGUGGCCUCAGCAGCUGGGGCCCCUGUGGAAGCCAGCGGCGAGCAGGUGCGGCUGCAGAGGCAGAUCAAGCGGGACCCCCAGGAGCUGCUGCACAACCAGCAGGCCUUUGUCAUCCAGUUCUUUGAUGAGGACACCCCCCGCAAGAAGCGCUCACAGUCCUUCACGCAUGCCCCCCCUGGGGACCCCAAGGCUGACAAGCGUCGGGGCCCAGUGCCCACUGAUCGGGAACGCCCAGGUGCCCCUGCACGGGGGGCAGCAGGCAGCAGCUCGGGGUCACAGAGGGCCGGCUCACUGAAACGUGAGAAGACAGAGGAGCGGCUGGCCAGCACCUCACCGGCCGCCCGGGCCCCUGCCCGUCCCUUCGGCAGUGUGGGGCGCCGCUCCCGCCUGGCCCAGGACUUCGUGGCCCAGUGCAUGCGGGACAGCUCCCCAGCCUCCAGGCCCAGCUCUGAGAAGGUGCCUCUUGUGCCACCCGCACCCCUGACAUCCUGUGGGGCCAACUCUGUGGCCUCCCCGACUGCACCACCACCUGCUGAACCCCAGCUGCUCAAGGCGCACAGACAGGAUGAGGAUGACAGCCUCAGUGACGCAGGCACUUACACCAUUGAGACGGACGCGCAGGACAGGGAAGUGGAGGAAGCCCGCAAGAUGAUCGACCAGGUCUUUGGGGUACUUGAGUCCCCUGAACUCUCCAGGGUGUCCUCAGCCACCUUCCGCCCUGUGAUCAGAGGGGACAGCGAUGGAGGCGUGGCCCAGAGAAUGGCCUUGCUGCAGGAGUUUGCCUCCCGGCCACUGGGUGUGGGCCCCUCAGUGGAGCACCAGGGCCUUGUGGUUCCAGGCUGCCCUGGAGGUCAGAAGUGGGUGUCCCGCUGGGCCAGCCUUGCCGACAGCUAUUCAGACUCCAGCCUGGCAGAGGACAGCCUGAGACACAGAGCAGGAGACCCUGAGGGGGCCCUGCCUGUGCGUGCCAGACGACUGCUUCCCCAGCUGCCGAGUGACAGAGCUGACAGCCCUGCUGGCCCAGAGGCCACGAGGAGGAAUGGGCCCGGGCCACCAGAACCGGGCAUCGAGCAGUCCAGCCACCUGGUCAGCCAGGAAGACCUGGACCCCGACAGCCUCAGUGACGCCAGUGGGUCCGACGGGGGCCAGGGCCCUGAGCUGGGCACGGAGCAGCAGGAAGAUAGGCGCAGGAGCCCCCAGGAGGGCCUGGCCUGGGCCAAGGGGCGGCGCUCACCAAGGGCCCCUGGGGAGCCUGCCCCCGUCUCUUUCUACAUUGGUGACCAGAAUGAGACUGCUGGCUCCCGGAAACCCACAGCAGCUCCUGGGGAGGCAGAGGGUCCCGAGCGCGUGGGCCAGGCCAGACCCUCAGCAAGGGACGGCCUCUACCUGAGCAGCAGUGGGCGGAUGGUCGUCCAGCUGCACCCUGGGUGUGCCCCUGAGCCCAGCAGCUCCGGCUCCACCCCACCGCGUGAGGCUCCAGGCUUUGUGCGGCAGGAGAGCUUCACCAAGGAGCCAGCAAGCAGCUCCCCAGCACCGGGCAGGCUCCCGCACAUCUCCAGCCACCCGCUCCUGCAGGACCUGACCACGGUCCGGGCCACACGUGCGGAUCUCCACACGCAGGAUACCCAGCUGAUCCUGAAGGAGACUGAGACGGCCCUGGCAGCCUUGGAGGCCCGGCUGCUCUCCAAGACCGUGGACAAAGAGGAUGAGGGGGGCAGUACCCCCAGGCCGCCAGAUGACUCCCUCUCUGGGGACUCAGACGUGGACACUGCCAGCACCGUCAGCCUGCUCAGCGGCAAGAACGGGCCCAGCCCAACGACCCCUCAGCCUCUAGGGCCACAGAAGGAGAGGCUAGUGUCUCCACCAGCGGCCCAGGACCCAGGUGAUGCUGCCCUGAGCAGCGCGCGUGAGCGACUCUCAGAGAAACAGCACCGCUCGGCCAGUUCUGCUGACCUGGGCCGUGGAGAGCUGGCGCGGCACCUGGCUGCCCGGCGUGGCCAUGGUCCCCGAGGGUCCCAGGACGGGCCUGAGGACCAAGGCGCCAAUCUCACCCACCUGCCCAGUGCAGACACCAUCACCCCCAACCACGAGACCCCAGAGGCCACUGGUGCAGGUCGGCCAGGGGCUCGCCGGAAACCAGUGGCAGCCCCACCUUCCCUGGCUGCCCGGGAGGAGCAGAGCCGUGGUUCCACCAGUGCCCAGAAGGUGCAGCAGGCACUGACCCGCUCCAACAGCCUGUCCACCCCGCGACCCACACGGGCCUCCCGACUCAGGCGGGCCCGGCUGGGGGACACCUCUGACACCGAGGUCACAGACAGUGACCGGGGAGCCCCAGCCAACCCUGAACCAGUGAGCCGGCCAGCUACUGAGCAGGCUAAGAAGCUGUCCCGCUUGGACAUCCUGGCCAUGCCCCGAAAGCGGGCUGGCUCCUUCACGGGGCCCAGUGACUCCGAGGCAGCCCCUGCCCGCACGGGCUUCUCAGGCCGCAGUGUUGAGCUGUACUGUGCCAACCGCAAGCCCACCAUGGCUGAUGCCCGCGCUGCUGCCAGGAAAGCUGCUGCCACUGCCACCACAGGCUCCCGCCAGCCCUUCAGCAGGGCGCGCCCGGGCAGCGCCAGAUACUCCUCCAACACGCGUCGUCGGCAGCAGGGCUCGGAUUACACGUCCACCUCCGAGGAGGAGUACGGCUCCCACCACAGCUCCCCCAAACAUGCACGCUCCCAUACCUCAACAGCCACGCAGACCCCGCGGGCUGGCAGUGCAGGCCGGGCUCGUUCCCGAGCCCCUGGCCCUCGGGACACAGACGACGAUGAUGAGGAGCCUGACCCCUGCGGAUUCAUCGUGCAGACGGCUGAGAUUGCAGAGAUUGCCAGGCUGAGCCAGACGCUGGUGAAGGACGUGGCCAUCCUGACCCAGGAGAUCCAUGAUGUGGCCGCAGAUGGUGAUUCACUGGGCUCCUCAGGGCCCGCACAUAACUCCGCCCUCGGGAGCAUGCCCAGCACCCCUGCCUCGACCAUCUCUGCACGCGAGGAGUUGGUGCAGCGCAUCCCAGAGGCCAGCCUCAACUUCCAGAAAGUGCCGCCCGGCACCCUGACCUCUCGGGACGUGGACCAGAACAUGAACAACAGCCAUGAGGACGCCCUGGGCAACAAGACAAGGCCUCGGAACCGCGAGGAGGUGAUCUUCGACAACCUGAUGCUGAACCCAGUGUCCCAGCUGUCCCAUGCCAUCCGGGAGAACACAGAGCACCUCACCGAAAAGAUAAAGAUCCUCUUCCAAAACACGGGCCGCGCAUGGGAGGACCUGGAAGCUAGGAUCAACGCAGAGAACGAGGUGCCCAUCCUGAAGACAUCCAACAAGGAGAUCAGCUGCAUCUUGAAGGAGCUGCGGCGCGUGCAGAAGCAGCUGGAAGUCAUCAACGCCAUUGUGGAUCCCAGUGUCAAUCUGGACCUGCUCACAGGAAACAGGGCUCCCACGGGCCCCACCACCCAGGGGCUGGGGAAGGGCCCAGCCAUGCCUGCCCCAGUCGAGAGCCUGCUGCCUCUGAGGGGCUUCCCACCGAGGGCCACCUGCGGGCCACCCGGCCUCCCGGAGUCCACCUUCCUCCCCGAUGCUGAGCACUUCCUGAUCUAGGUCCGAGCCAGGCCAGGCCUCCGCCUGCCUGUCCACCGCCCGACCUGCUGCCUGGCCACAGUGUCUCUGAAUCCCCUCCAUGUGCCAUAGCCCCUCAGAUGGGCACCUCCUGCCCCGCCAGCACCCCACUCGCCUUGCCCACCCCCGCGGCCACCCCCCACCCAGGCUUCCUGGUCCAGCUCCUGGUGUGGCCGCUGCCAAGGGCACCCCCCCCCCCGUCCUUUCAUCAUUAGCUUUCAAGGAAAGAGUAGUCUGUGCCAAGGCAGUGCCCAGCCCUGCCUGUGAUGCCCUGAGGCCGGGGAGGGUCGCCCUGCCUCGUUGGAGGCCUCUGCUGACCUGUCCCUCCCUCUGUGCUGGCCCGAGGCCAAGCACGGGAAGAGGGUGGGCUGGGGCUGUUCUGUGCCAAUUGUGAGCUGGGGUCCUGGGCCCCGAACAGAGCUGCCUCAGAGUCCACAGCUGGGCAGGCACACUGCUGUGGAGAAACUGGGGCAGGAUCCCCACAGCUCCGAGCUUUUGGUGCCAACACAACUGCCAAACCCCCAAGCUUGAGGGCUGCCAGUGGGGCCCUCCUAGUGUGGGCACAGGUGAGGGGAUGUGGGUGGCCGUGCAGGCAGCCCAAGUGCCCCUCUGUGCUGCACCAGAGGUGUGGGGUGGCAGAGAUACCAGUAGCCCCUCAGUGGGGAGGGCUUGACCAAAGUGACUGGAAACAGGUUUCUGGAAGCUUGUGCAGGGGUGUAGACAGUGUGCCCCAGUUCCACCCCUGUUCCCCCAGAUGCUGUGGGCAUUAAGUGGGCAUCUGCAGCAGGCAGUGGCCUGAUCCCUUGCAGGGGACAGCGGGGGGACAGGGACAGGCCCCAGAGCAGUGACGCUUUCUCAGGAUUCUUCCAGCUGGGAACAAGCCCCUCUGCAGAGCCCCUCUGGAGCCUCAAGCCAAAGAGCCGAGGCUGGGCUGGGCUGGGCAGGGCGACCGCCUCCACAGACAGGCACUGGUACAGGGCAAGGGCUGGAAGAGGCCACAGGUGGAUCCAGAGGCCGCGCGGCGAGGCCUCCCUGUUUACAGUCUGCUGACGCGGAGCCGGGCAUGGGUCUGUGAGCUGGUGCCUGGCCCACCCGAUGUUUACGUGUGUGUGCAGGGGUGGGUGGCAGAUGCCACUGGGCCCCACCCUGAGAGCCUGCUGUCCCUUUGGAGGAGGUGCUAGCCGGGCUGCUGCCCACCUGCAUGCCCUGCGCGGUGGCCAACAGCCUGGCCUCGGAAACACAGUGGCCGCUCACCUUCGUCCAUGCCCCGCCCCUGGUCACCGCUGUACAAUUUUUUUAUGCACACGUUGGUGUUCCUCCCCACAUCACAGUCCCGGUACCGCCCCUGCCUGGCUUCUCGGCGGUGUCUCUACAUUGUUCUCAGGUGGUCUCGUGGAUGUCUCAGAAAAUGGUUAUUUUAUAUGAUUUGUCAUGGAAUUUGUUCUAAUAAAUCAUUCUUGUAUCACGUGGCAGCACACCA